AUGACCACAGAACAUCUAUUGUGGAUUGGGGGUGCUGAAAGGAAAGGGGGUGGAGAAUUGAUUCCCGUGGAGAACCCAGCAACAGGCGAGAUCAUUGCACACUGCCACUCCGCUUCACAAGAGGACGUCGUCUCCGCCGUCGAACUCGCCCACGCCACCUACAAGUCCGGGGUCUGGUCCCGUGCUCCCCGUCAUGCUCGCGCAGAAGUCCUUGAACGAGCCGCCAGCCUCUUCGAAACCCAGAUCACCGCUCUCAUUGAGAUUGAAGUAGAGCAAACAGGUCGAGCAGUCCGGGAGAUGAACGCUCAAGUUCCCUCUCUCGUCAAGUGGUUCCGCUAUUAUGCCGCCUUGCUCCGUACCGAAGAACGCUCCGUGCUACCCACCGUCGGAAAACUACACAACUUCCUCGAUCGACGACCGCUGGGCGUGGUCGUACAAAUCACCCCCUUUUCAACCACCCUCUCUUGA